AUGUUCCGUGGAGGGUUACAACCGGAGCCGAAACUAAUUCUAGAUGCAGCUGCACAUGGUUCAUUGAUGGCUUUAAGUCCUAGAGAAGCCGUAGACAUCAUCAACAAAAUGUCACUCAACGACCGAGCAGCCAAACACAACCGAAGCGGUACACAAAGAAAGUCCGGAAUUCUCGAGCUAAGUUCAAAUGAUGCAAACCUUGCUCAAACCAAGCUAUUGACUCAACAAAUGGAAGAAAUGAUGAAGCAAAUGAAGGAGAUGCCCAAACUUGUCAAAGAACAAAUUCAAAAAGAACAACGGCAUCAACAAGUCCAUUUUUGUGAAAUGUGUUCCGGAGAUCAUCCAACGGGUUAUUGUCCACCACAACUUGAAGAAGAAGUAAACUAUGUGGGCAAUCAACAAAGGCAGGGACAAUUUCAGGGUCAAUAUUCGGGAAAUGCAAAUCAACAACGGUUUCCGAACAAUAACAACUUUCAAAGAGGUAACAACUUCGGACAACCAUGGAAAUCUAAUGCCGGACCUUCAAAUCAACAACCAUUCAACAACAACUUCCAACAAUACCCGCCUCAACAAGACCGAACACAAAAGAUCGAAGACACCCUCAACCAAUUCAUGCAACUAACCAUGGCCAACCAACAAAACAACACCGCAUCCAUAAAGAAUCUUGAGACUCAAAUGGGCCAACAAGCUCAACAUUUGAGUCAAAUUUCACAAAUAUUGGCCAACCAGCAAGGAGGGAACGUCACAGCAAAUACUCAAAACAAUCCCAAUAAUGGUAAGAAUGAACAAUGUAAAGCAAUUACCACAAGAAGCGGCAAGGUGAUUGGGAAAGGGAUUGGUGAUAAUUUAGAGGUGGAGAGGCAAGUUGUUGACAAUGAAGAGGAGGUGGAUGAAGAAAAAAAUGAGAAGGAAGAGGAAGAUGUACAUGGUGAUGAGGAAAAUAACAAAAAGAAAGAAGUCGGAAAGAAUGUACCGGCUCAUAAGCUUCCAUAUCCUAAAGCUCAAUCGAAGAAGGACUUGGAAAAACACUUCAAGAGAUUCCUUGAUAUUUUCAAGCGGUUGGAGAUCAACAUUCCUUUUUCCGAAGCUCUUGAACAAAUGCCGACUUAUGCCAAGUUCAUGAAAGAGAUCUUGUCCAAGAAGCAUCGCUACAAAGAGGAUGAAACAAUUCAACUAGAUGCAAAUUGUAGCGCAAUCAUCCAAAGACGUUUGCCAAAAAAAGAAAAAGAUCCCGGAAGAGUAACAUUGCUGGUAGCUAUUGGAAAGGUCAAUGUCGGUAAAGCUUUAAUUGAUCUAGGAUCAAGUAUUAAUCUUAUUCCAUACUCGGUUGUCAAACGAGUUGGUGGCCUAGACAUGAAGUUAACAAGGAUGAGUCUACAACUAGCCGACAAGUCCGUGGCACGACCAAUGGGAAUUGCCGAAGAUGUCUUAGUUAAAGUGGAUAAAUUUGUGUUUCCCGUUGACUUUGUGGUCAUGGACAUAGAAGAGGACGAUGAUGUGCCGCUAAUUCUUGGUAGAACAUUCAUGCUUGCCGCAUGA